AUAGUUACCGAAAAGCUCUAUGCCUGGCCUGUUAAUUAUUUGUGUCAAUUGUCAUUGGCAUUUGUAAAUAAGUUGGAUCCACUUGUUAUAUUAAUUUAUUAUGUAUUAUAGAAUAUUUAAUAAUGGCUUUAACAGCAGAGCAAUGUGAUAUUCUAUUAGGAAUAUUGGAAACUCACAGUGUACGUAAUUUUACUCUUGAAGCUCUCUCCAAUGAAUUACAUAAAAAAUUCGAUUCUUCAAAUUUUUUUCAAGUCGGCACAUGCAUUGUUAUGUUAUUGCAAAAUAAUCUAUUACCUGAAUCUGAACAACGAUUAGCAGCCGUAACUUUAUUGCAUGAAUUAUAUCGAGGAGAGCCAAUUGCAAAUACUCCUUUUGCAAAUGUAUUUAUACAUUUACUGAAUCCUCCAGAACAACAAAGCAGUGUUGGUGCACCAAAAUUAGAAUAUGCAGGACAACUACCGAGAAUUUCCAGUUCAGAAAGAAAUUUUAUAAUACAGCUAUUGUCAGACAAGCCUAAGGAUGCACUUUUGAAGAAAACUGCUGUUCAAAUAGUUAAUUCUGACGCACCAACACAGGUGAAUGCUGAUUUUUCAAACAUUCAACUGAUUUUAGCAGAAAAACAAUCUGAAUUGCCACAAACGUGCAAAAUUGGAAUACCUGUAAUUUUAUCUUUACCUGAAAAAUCAACAAACUGUUACACAUCCGAUUCACCAAAAGAUGAUGUUAUAGUUAAAAAACUAGCGACCUCCGAUAAUGCUGCCAUUAAUAAAGUUUAUAAACCGGAAUUUGUCACGUUAGCUCCACCUUUAUUGAAUUGUCAAGAUGAACUAGUUUGGUUAAAUCCCACUACACCAAAAGAGCAUACAGUCGCUUACGAUACCACCAUGUGCGUCCCCGAUAUGGCCGGCUAUGAAGCCCGACAAUUAAUGAACAAAGCCUAUAAAUCAGCUUUAUCCAUACAACAACAGCAACAGUUGCUAGGAGAAUUAGAAGAUGAUCCUAAGUUAGUUUAUCAUAUCGGUUUGACGCCAUUGAAACUGCCGGAUCUAGUUGAAAACAAUCCGUUGAUAGCCAUCGAAGUCCUUCUUAAAUUGAUGCAAUCUAAACAAAUCACAGAGUAUUUCAGUGUUUUAGUGAACAUGGAGAUGUCCUUGCAUUCGAUGGAAGUAGUAAACAGGCUGACGACAACAGUUGAUUUACCAACUGAGUUUGUUCAUUUGUAUAUAUCAAAUUGUAUAAAUACUUGCGAGACAAUCAAAGAUAGAUAUAUGCAGAAUAGGUUAGUGCGAUUAGUUUGUGUAUUUUUACAAUCUUUGAUAAGAAAUAAGAUAAUCAAUGUACAGGAAUUGUUUAUCGAAGUGCAAGCUUUCUGUAUAGAAUUUAGUCGAAUAAGAGAGGCUGCCGCUUUAUUUAGGCUUCUUAAGCAAUUGGAAUCGGGCGAAUUGGGUUUGGUCUCAUCACCAACUAUUAGUUCUAAAAGUUAGAUUUCAUUUAAUAAUAUUAUUUAAUUUCAUUGAAAUUAUUUUUCUAAUAAUAUAAAUUUAUUAUAUUGGUUAACCAGGAAUCUUUUUUUUUUAAAUGUGAUUUUAUUGGGAACGAGGUCAAGUAAAUUAGAAUUGAAUUGAUUUCAGAAAUCUGUUAACUGUAAUUUUUAAAAUUUUUGGAAAAUUAAGAAAAACUUAUUAUCUGUUGUAAAAAUGUUGUUAAUUAAAAACUCAAAGUAAUACUUAAUAUCCUUUCAAAACUAAUAGCGUUUGAAUUUGAUUUUCAUGUUUUUUUUACCUACUCUUAAAAAGAAAAGUAAAAAAUGUUUCACUUAACAGGUUUCUGUAGUAAAAUUUGUGUUCAUGGCUAUUUUUUAGCAAUAUUUGAUUUUUUAAAGUAAGUAGAAUGUUCAAUAAUAAAAACACAAUAAUAGAAA